AUGGAUAGGGAACAAGAAGAGAUGCAAUUUCUCGGUCUCUUUGGUAUCUACAAAGAAGCUUACAAGAUCAUGUACUCAUGGAGGAGACUCUUAGGCCAAAUCAGCUUGGUCUUAAUCCUUCCUCUGUCCGUAAUCUUCCUGGUUCAUAUGGAAGUAUCUGAGGUUUUAUCCUCACGGAUCCACCACAACACAAUUGUCUUGGAGGAUACCCGAGCUGGGUCACCUACAUACAACAAAGUCUCCGACGUUCUCUCUUCAGAAUUGGCCACUUUAUGGCUUUUCAGAGUUGCAUACUUCAUAAUCUUCCUUAUCCUUUCACUCCUCUCUACCUCAGCUGUGGUUUACACCAUUGCAUGUAUUUACACAGGCCGUGAAGUCGAUUUCAAAAAGGUUAUGAGUGUUGUCCCCAAGGUUUGGAAGAGGCUUAUGGCCACGUUUUUGUGUUCUAACCUAUUCUUCUUCGUUUACAACUUUCUGGCUUUUUUUAUCUUCGCUAUUGUGAUCAUCUUCGUUAUUUAUAUACUUGGAUUUGGGUCAACCAAGGCUUUUAUCGCCAUAUCAAUUGUUUUUUGGAUCUUGUACCUUGUGGGGUUUGUGUACAUGAACAUAGUUUGGCAAUUGGCUAGCGUUGUGACCGUGUUAGAAGACACUUUUGGAUUUGGGGCCAUGAAUAAGAGCAAGGCACUUAUACGGGGAAAGAUGGGUGUGGCUACUUUGGUAUUUUUGAAGCUCAUUAUUUCACUCGCAACCAUACAAGGUUUAUUUUGGAAACUAGUUGUGCAUGGUGUGUCAUUGGGCAUAGUGAGUAGGGUAGGCUACGGGGUUCUAUGUUUGUUAUUGCUUUUCAUUUUGUUUCUUUUUGGGCUUGUGGUUCAAACAGUGCUCUAUUUCGUUUGCAAGUCCUACCACCAUGAAAAUAUAGACAAGUCAGCCCUCUCGGAUCAUCUUGAAGUUUAUCUAGGGGAGUAUGUUCCUUUGAAGGCCAAGGAUGUUCAGCUUGAGCAAUAUCAUGUUUGA